CUCACUGACCGGGCUCGCGCUGCGGUGAAGGUACGAGAGAAGGCGUGCGCGGUGCUUGUUCUCUUGCUGUUUGGAGCCGGAGGUGCAGCGAGGCAUCAGCUCAGUGCGGCGGCUGGUGCGGACUCCACUAGGCAGCCCUCUCCUAGUGCAGCGGUGGCAGCAGCAGACGGGAUGACGGCGGAGGAGAUGAAAGCGGACGGGGCUCCCUUGGAGGGGACGGACAUCACCCCUAAGCGGGAUGAGGGCGUUCUCAAGGUUGUCAAGAGAGAAGGAACUGGUACAGAAUCUCCAAUGAUAGGUGAUAAAGUGACUGUCCAUUAUACAGGAUGGCUUCUUGAUGGCACAAAAUUUGACUCCAGUCUGGACAGGAGAGACAAGUUUUCAUUUGACCUGGGGAAAGGUGAGGUGAUCAAAGCAUGGGACAUUGCUGUAGCAACUAUGAAGGUUGGCGAGAUCUGUCAGAUUACAUGUAAACCAGAAUAUGCCUAUGGCUUAGCUGGCAGCCCACCAAAGAUACCUCCCAAUGCUACGCUAAUUUUUGAGAUAGAGCUGUUUGAGUUUAAAGGAGAAGACCUCACUGAUGAUGAAGAUGGUGGCAUAAUCCGAAGAAUCCGUAAGAAAGGCGAAGGCUACUUGAAGCCCAAUGAGGGUGCCCUGGUAGAGAUCCAGUUUGAAGGCCGAUACAGAGAUCGUGCUUUUGAUAAGCGUGAGCUACGAUUUGAGAUUGGAGAAGGUGAUAACUAUGAUCUUCCUCAUGGUCUGGAAAAAGCAAUCCAGAAAAUGGAGAAAUCUGAGGAAUCCAUUUUCUAUCUCAAACCCAACUAUGGUUUUGGAAGUACUGGGAAGGAGAAAUUUCAGAUCCCUCCGGAUGCAGAACUACAAUAUGAAGUGAAACUCAAAAGCUUUGAAAAGGCUAAGGAGUCUUGGGAAAUGAAUACAGAAGAGAAAUUGGAACAAAGCUGCAUGGUGAAGGAGAGAGGCACUCAGUACUUCAAGGAGGGGAAAUACAAACGAGCAGCAUUACAGUAUAAGAAGAUUGUGUUGUGGCUGGAGCAUGAAUCAGGACUCUCUGAUGAGGAAGACACAAAGGCCAAGAGCUUGCGGCUUGCUGCUCACCUUAAUCUAGCUAUGUGCCAUCUCAAGCUGAAGGAGUACUCUCAGGCUUUGGAGAACUGCAACAAGGCACUUGAACUGGAUAGCAGCAAUGAAAAAGGCCUCUUCCGGCGUGGAGAAGCCCACUUGGCUGUCAAUGACUUUGAAUUGGCCCGAGGAGAUUUCCAGAAGGUGAUACAACUCUAUCCAAGUAACAAAGCUGCCAAAGUGCAACUAGUAACUUGUCAGCAAAAAAUACGGGAGCAGCAUGAGAAAGAGAAGAAGAUGUAUGCCAAUAUGUUCCAAAGGCUUGCAGACAAAGAAUUGAAGCCAGCUACUACUCUUCAAACCAGCCACACUGAAGAUGCAGAAAUGAAAGAUGAGCAGAAUGGAGUUGAUGAUAAGUAAGUUGACAUGGAAGCAUAAACAAACCGUAUCCCAUUAGUUUUGUAAAUGAAAGAAUUUCCAGUGAAUUAGACCUUUAUUUUUCUACCUGGUUGGACAGUGGCUUCAGAGGAGCAGAGGCUGAGUUGCCAUCCCACAGUCAAGAACAGCUUUGUAUGUCUGUGAAAUAAGAUGAGUGGCAGCACAAAUCUGAUUUAAUCCUAGGGACUUUAUUUAUUCAUACAGCUUCUGUUACUGUUUGGGUUCUGUCUGGAUUUACUCUGCUUGGUUUAUCUGCAUUUUGCCAUUGGUGUCUGUGUCUCUCGUUCCAGCUCACUUAAAUUUAGGAAACAGAAUCUGGGAUGAAUUUCCUUGAUUUCAUUUUUUUCUGUUUUUUAAAGCAGUUGGCCUUUUCCAACAGUCCUUAUGUGAGAUUUGAGAACAAAUCAGUGCUCAUUGUUCUACUGCCUUGGCAUUGUCCAGUUCCCCUUCCUCCAUUAAGUGUUGUAACCUUUGUAUGCUUCCUUUUUGCGUAUUGCUGAAGGUGAAGACUGUGAAGUCACAGCUUAAGUAAUAAAGCUCCAAUUAAGCUCAAGGAAAUUGAACUUUUUGUGUUUUUUUAUUGGCAUUUGCAAAGAAUUACAAGUCUAUUGUGUUCUAGUCAUUCAGUGUUUUCUUAUCCGCACAGUGGUACUGUAGCCACAGUAUCUACUUUUUUCUGAUAAUGUUGAUUCAUUGCCAUUUAAAAAAGUGUACACAAUUGAUACAGAAUUAUCCAUGUAUUUGCAAAUGAAGAAAAUGUUGCUUCAAACUGUACACAAGUCUGUAACCUAUGCAUUAUUAUCUGUUCAUAUUUCUCUUUCCCCUUCACGUUGUAAAACUGGACCAGAAGAAUACUGAUUGAUACCUGAAAGUGACUGGCUUUGAAGAUAAAAUAAGUGCUAAUAGUAAAACAUGUUAAAAAUGCUUAUAAUUCCUAAUGAAAUACAAAUGUCUGAAUGAU